CACAGGGAAGUCACUCCUGGAGCCGUGCGGUACUCACACACGGGACUGUAGCGUCUCCAAGCCCGCCCGCAUCUGUUUGUUCAGUUGUUAAACAGUGUUCACCGUGUCGGGGGGUCGUCGGUUGGUGCCCGCGAUGCCCUCGAGGAACAGGUACAACCUGGUGGACGACGUGGCGGACUCGAGGGUGCCGCUCCACAACGAGGAAGCUUACCAGCAUGGGAUUAAUUUCCAAGCCAAGUAUGUGGGGAGUCUUGACGUGCCCAGGCCCAACAGUCGGAUGGAGAUCGUGGCAGCCAUGAGGAGAAUCAGGUAUGAAUUCAAGGCCAAGAACAUCAAGAAGAAGAAGGUCAGCAUUGUGGUGUCUGUGGAUGGGGUCAAGGUGAUGCUGAGGAAGAAACAGAAGAGAAAAGAAUGGACAUGGGAUGAGAGCAAGAUGAUGAUCAUGCAAGAUCCCAUAUACAGGAUUUUUUACGUGUCUCAUGACUCCCAGGACUUAAAGAUCUUCAGCUACAUCGCAAGGGAUGGUUCCAGCAAUUCCUUCAGAUGUAAUGUCUUCAAGUCAAAGAAGAAGACGCAGGCCAUGCGUAUUGUGCGGACAGUAGGUCAGGCUUUUGAAGUGUGCCAUAAGCUCAGUCUGCAGCAUGCUGAGCAGGAUGCAGACGGACAGGCGGAUGGAGAGAGUGACAAGUCCACAGAGGAGGCCAGCAGUCACGGUCGUAAACUGACGGGGGCAGAGCAAGGGGAGGAAGACGAGAACAGCAAGCAUGGAGGAAGACGAGGAGGAGACGAUCCCUCAGCUGGCACUUCGCUGUGUGAAAAGGCAGUCAGCGAAAUCCUGCAGAGUCUGGCUGAACUGAAUGUGGUCAAACCUGGACAGACUAUUAUAGACUUUGAUCGAAGGUCCCUCUUCACUGUGACAUCCCAAGGCGUUACUCCCAGCAGCCCUUGCUCUCAAUCUCUCACUCCGCUGGCGUCGCAGCACUACCUGCAGCUUCUUCAGCAGCAGCUACAGCAGCAGCAGCAGCACACACAGGUGGCCGUCGCACAGGUGCAGCUGUUGAAGGAUCAGAUGGCAGCAGAGACUGCUGCUCGCAUGGAGGCUCAGGCCCGUGUCCACCAGCUGCUGCUGCAGAACAGGGACUUGCUGCAGCACCUGGCACUGCUCGUUCAGCAGCUGAAAGAGCUGGAGGCCCGCUCCCCAAAAACAACACAACCGGGGCAGCCACAACAGGAGCCUCAAGCUAAUGGGCACAAUGGCCCACAGUCAUCAUGCAGCACAGUUUCUACAUCAGCAAAGUCUCUGUCUCUGAAUCUGAAGAAUGACUACAGCCAGACCCUGAACCAGCUCAUCACCUCCACACCUGCAUGGCCAAUCCAAACCUCACCCCUCUCCCCCACCCAAGUGGACUGUGCUGAGUCCUACCUGAACCUGCUCAACCUGGAGAACAGCACCAAACCAGAUGCAUCAGUCAACGGAGAGCUGGACCCCUUCAUCAGGGCCAGUGGGGCAACGGACAACAAGGAGAGCAAUGAGAUCGUCCCAUUCACGUUGAGGAACUCUGCCAACAUGGAUGAAAAGUGUAAACAGAUGAUCCCCAAACUUGACCCCCCUCCACCCUCCAUGAACCGCAAGCGGGCCAGCAGGACCUUGUCUCCGGGGUCUGACGUCCCAGCUGUGUCCACGCCGGGAGAGGUCACAGCUAACGAUGCGGCCCCCAGCCGCAGCAGCAGCCUCUCGUUCCCAGACAUCACCCCCAGCUCCUUGUCGUCCGCUGAUUUCCACUCGCUCAGCAACGGCGAGAGCAGCUCCUGCUCGGCCAGCGAGGACUCGGGCGUCCGCUCCGAGAGCAAGUCCCUGCUGUCUCCGCUGCGCGAUGACGACGACCUGUUUGGGGACCGCGGGACCUUUCUGACGGCCUCCAGCGGCUGCGACAGCCCCCUGGAGGACAGAUGUGAGGCGGUUCUCUCUUCCUCCGAGUCGUAUCCCGCUGAGCCCCCCACCCUCGGCUCACAUUCGGACACCUUUGAGCACCCACUGCCCUUCUCCUCUCCUAUGAAUGAUACCUGCCUUCACAUCAGUUUCUCUGAGGAUGAGCUGCUGGAGAGCAACCAGGAAGACCCGAAUGUCCCACAGCGGAGUUAGGAGGAUGAGCUGACGGGCCCCUGGACACCUUCCACCAUGUCCCUCAAUCAGCUUUUAAUGCAAUACUUACUGUCAGACCCUCCUAUGUUUGCACUGGGCUCCAUUUCAGGACCUUUAAUUAUUCCGUCCACUUGUGACACAGUACAGACAUAGCAUAUAGCAGUUACUGAGAAAUAUAUCAUAAUCAUAUAAAUUAUUAGCCAAUAGACAGAUUUAGUAUUUUUGUAAUGAAAUUAAUGAUCUACUUUACUUUGUAGUGACUAGAAUGUUAAGCAGAAUACAUGUAGCAGUUCUUGCACUAAGGUCACACGUAGAAUUCAAAGCCGACGAGGGAACACAUUUUAUUUUUGCUAGUAGUCGACAUUAAAACAUUGUUUUCUAUGAUGUUUUGCUGUGGUGCAACCUGUUGUGGGAAAUGUGAUUUUCUGUAGAUUUGUUACACGAUGAUCAUGCAAAUGAUGGUGAUGUUGGGAAGAGCCUCGCCGUCUGUAAAGCACCUGACUGGAUGAAGGGCGGAAAGAAAAGAAUAAGAAAGUUGGAUACAGGGAUAAAGGUCGGGUAUAAAUAAGCAGAUGUAGUUGUUUUUGGGUUGCGCACAUCCAUUUGUGGCUGUGUAGUAUGUUUUUUUUUAUUAUCGAGCUUGAGUGGGUUUUAGAACGUUUUUUUUCUUGUAUUUGGGGUUUUGUCAGACCGGUAGGCCUCAAAGCAGCGACGGAAACGUGAGUUGAAUAGCCAAAUGGAUUGUAGUCUGUGUUGCAUUGAUUCUGGUGAUAGCAUGGUGGUAAUCCUUCAAAACAAAGGGAUUUCCACAUUGAAUUCAAAAUGUUUUGUUUUUGAGAAAUGGCACAGGAAGUAGGCAAACCCUCAAAAAGUCGACACAAUGUGUUCACGGCCUUGAAAGCUUUGGAUUGCACCUGUCUGCGUGGGGAGUCGGUUAUAAUGGGAGGAUAAUUGGGGAAUCACAGAGGACCUUGGAGAAAGACAACUUGGCAGAUGUAUCUUCUCUGUUCUGUCUCUCGUUCUGUGAAAUCCUGAAUAACCAGCAAAUCUGUUUCAUUUAGAGCUCUCAGGAUAAAUUACUCUGGCAUUGUAUAUGUCGUCUUUUCUUUGUAGCUAAAUCUAAGCGUUGGAAACAUUGUGUUAGCUUCAGUUAUAUCAAUACAGAGCUACAACAAUCAACAGAAAAAGGGUCCAGUGUGUAGGAUUUAGAGGGAUCUGUCGGCAGAAAUGGAAUAAAAUAUUCACAAUUAUGUUUCAUUAGAAUUGGGUUUUCGUUAGAAUGAGUUCUUUAUCUACAGAGGGAGCAGGUCCUCUUCCACAGAGUCCAUCAUGUUGCACUGCCAUGUUUCUACAGUAGCUCAGAAAGGAUAAACUAAACACUGGUUAGAACGCAUCUUUCGUGGCCCCCGUAAGGGAGGAUGAGGCAAGCAGUAUUCAUUUGGUUGCAAUCUGCAGCUUCACCACUAGGUGCCACUAAAUCCUGCACGCUGGUCCUUUAAGUCUUUUAAAAUGUACUAGUUCCAGACGCCCAAAUGUGAAUAUUUAAUGUUUGGUCUAACAUUUCUAGUAUUUUAUAGUUUAAGCGAUGAGCUACAGUUUAAUUGACCAUGAAAAAAAUCAUUUGUUGCCACCUUAGAGCUGAACAUGCAGCUAUUUAA